UGAAGUGGUGUCGGAUCAGAAAUAACCCGCUUAUGUGAAAGAAGGGUAAGAACGUAUAAAUACCGCUGCCACCAGCAACCUGCUCUGGUGAUGAGGAGUUCAAUGAUCUGGAUUUAGCUCUCGCACACUAGCUCCAAGAUAACACAUAGAAAUCAUAGGAAACUUUAGUCUGUUUUUUCAGCACUGGUUAUAGUUUGCUCUGGAUCAAUAAACAAUCUAACUUUUAAGAAGAAUAACAAGAAACUAAGAUUAAAGAAAGUGGACCGCAAGUUCGAAAAUAUAUCUAUUUUAUAUAUCAUGAAUAUACCUUUAUUUAUUGUUCAUUGUAAGCAAUUUUACUUUUAAAAUAUAUAUCUAUAUAUAGAUAUUGUAGAAACAAAUUUCACAUAAAAAGCUUAUCCUAAAUUGUUCGUAUAAGUUAUUGAGCAAAAUGCGCUUCAAGGAGCUUUUUGCUUCGUUUUUCCUUUUUUCUAUCACCUUGGCAUUUUCUGGUGAACUCUUCGAAUCGGAAGAGGUAAAACCUGUUCGAAUGAGCAGCAGAAACAGCGGGCGCUUUUGGAAAAGGAGCGAAGAUCUCCCCACAUUUAGGCUUUCAGCUUUUGGCAGAGACUUUGUCCUACACCUGGUACCCGAUGACAGUUUUUUAGCUCCACAAUUUAAGAUCCAGCGAAUCACAGCAAAACAUCCCCAUCCUAGUGACAUUUUGACAAGUGUCAACGAAACGGAAGGAGUCGAAGCCUAUCUCAGACGCUGCUUCUACUCGGGUACCGUGGACUCCAACCAAGACUCCGUGGUGGCUGUCAGCCUGUGCCAGGGAAUCCAAGGUUCGUUUUUAAGCGACGGAGAUGAGUAUUUGAUUGAGCCCAAAGCCACUGGCAACGGAAAGAAGUCGGCCACGCAGCUCCAUCUAAUCAAAAGAAGGGCUUUCACUAACACGUCGACUGGAUCCAAGAUCACCUUCGAUGAAAUGGGGGAAGAGAGUUCCCAGGCAGACUCUUCAGAAAGUGGGCUGUCUCCGGAGGUGUUGGAUGCGCAUUCGCACUCCAGGCACAAGCGCUUUGUGUCGGAGGCUCGAUUUGUCGAGACCUUAUUGGUGGCUGACUCUUCAAUGGCUCGUUUUUAUGGCGAAGACAUCAAGCACUAUAUUCUGACGCUGAUCUCAGUGGCAGCUCGGAUGUACAAACACCCCAGCAUCAAGAACUCAGUGAAUCUGGUGGUGGUGAAGGUGCUGAUCGUGGAAGAUGAGGAGGUGGGACCAGCCGUUUCCAGCAAUGGUGGGCUGACGCUACGCAACUUCUGUGCCUGGCAGCGGCAUUUCAAUCCACCGAGCGACCGGCACCCAGAGCACUACGAUACUGCCCUGCUCUUCACCAGACAGGAUAUUUGUGGACACCAGAGUUGUGAUACGUUGGGGGUCGCAGACGUGGGGACCAUGUGUGAUCCAAACAGGAGCUGCUCAGUGAUUGAAGACGAUGGGCUCCAGGCUUCCUUCACAACAGCCCAUGAACUAGGUCACGUGCUCAGCAUGCCACACGACGAUUCCAAGACUUGCGAGAAGCUCUUUGGUGACCUAGGGAAGCAUCACAUGAUGGCUCCUCUAUUUAUCCACCUCAACAAGACCCUGCCCUGGUCUCCGUGCAGCGCCAUGUACAUCACAGAGUUCUUCGACAAUGGACACGGAGACUGCCUGCUUGAUGCCCCAGCUAAAACGAUGCCCUUGCCCACUGGCUUGCCAGGCCUGUCGUACGAUUUGGACCGGCAGUGCCAGCAGGUGUUUGGGGAGGAGUUCCUGCACUGUCCCAACACCGCAGACUCUGAUGUCUGCUCCCAGCUUUGGUGCAGAGUUGAGGGGCAGCCACUCUGUACCACAAAGAACGGCAGCUUACCCUGGGCUGACGGGACCGCAUGUGGAAAGGACAGACUCUGCUUUAACAAUGAGUGUGUGGAGAAAGAACAGCUCAUGAAACCAAAGACUGAAAUCGAUGGAAACUGGGGUGCCUGGGGAGAGUGGGGAGAUUGUUCCAGAACAUGCGGUGGAGGAGUUCAGUUCUCCUACAGGGAGUGCAAUGAUCCUGGUCCCCAAAAUGGUGGGAAGUACUGCGAGGGGCAAAGAGUCAAGUACCUGUCCUGCAAUAUCCAAGAAUGCCCCGAUGAUAACGGGAAGAGCUUCCGGGAAGAGCAGUGUGAGAAAUACAACAGCGUUAGUUACCUUGACAUGGACGGGAAUGUCAAGCAGUGGAUACCGAAGUAUGCCGGGGUGUCGCCGAGAGACAGGUGCAAGCUGUUCUGCAGGGCAAGAGGCAGCAGUGAAUUCAAAGUGUUUGAACCAAAGGUUAUUGAUGGCACGCCAUGUGGCCCAGACACCACGUCCAUCUGUGUUCAAGGCCAGUGCAUCAAAGCAGGCUGUGAUCUCAUCAUAGGGUCAAACAAGAAACUGGACAAAUGUGGGGUGUGUGGAGAGAAUGGGUCCACAUGCAGAAAAAUAACAGGCUCCUUGAAUAAGGCCAGGUAUGGCUACAAUGACAUUGUAACAAUCCCUGCUGGUGCCACCAACAUUGACGUCAAACAGCGAAGUCACCGUGGUAUCAAACAUGACGGCAACUACCUGGCGGUGAAGUCAGAGGACGGGCGCUACAUCCUGAACGGAAACUUCUCCGUGUCAACAGUGGAGCAGGACAUCCCUGUGAACGGGGCAGUGCUGAAGUACAGCGGCUCCUCCACCACCCUGGAGCGUGUCCAGAGCUUCCACACACUCCGCCAGCCUCUCACAGUGCAGCUGCUGGCCAUGGCGGGGGAGAUGUCCCCUCCCAAAGUCAAGUACACCUUCUUCAUCCCAAAGGAUGUCUCCUUCAGCAAGCCCAAAGGAAAGAAACCUUCCUUGCACAUCGUCCAGCCAAUCGGAUUAUCCGACUGGAUCCUGGGGGAGUGGUCAGAAUGUUCCAAAAGCUGCGGCUCCGGUUGGCUGAGGAGGAAUGUGGAAUGCAGGGAUGCCAGUGGGCAGCUCUCCUAUGAAUGUGACAGAGCCCUGAAGCCAGAGGACAUCAGACCUUGCGCCGAUCUCCCGUGUCCCAUCUGGCAAAUGGGCCCGUGGUCUUCCUGCUCACGAACUUGUGGCCAGGGAGAGCGCAGGCGGAGCAUCUUCUGUAUUGACUACACUGGGAAAACAGUGGAGGCAGAAAAGUGCGAUCCUUCAAAGCAGCCCCAGCCGGUCACAGGGGACUGUGUUUACGACGAGUGCUGAGCAGAUUCAGAAAACAAGGCGUUAGAAUAGCAAACUACUAACUAGCCCUGACCGUGCUUGCGAAACAAGCAGGGACACAAUAGGUGAGUUUAAAGUGCACUAACUGACCUAAACGGGCCACAAUCCUGGACCUGUUCGAAAGACUAACGUGACUUAUUUUUUUUUAUUUUUUUUUUAUAACCACUAUUGAUUUUACUUUUUAUUUUUUUUUACCCAAUAGAGAUCUACCUCAGAGAAUAACUUAAUUUACUGCCUUAAAUAUGAGGUGAAUAUACUGUAGAGUAUAUUGCUGUUUCAACUGAGGGAAGCAACCUUUUUGCAUUAAACCUGCUGCUGACAACAUCGUUGGACUGCUCUGAUGGAUUCUUUAGUGCUUUGCUGUUGAGGUCAAGGACUGCCAGGCAGCUGUCUAUUUCUGUUAAGGGCUGUACCGUUCUGACAAUUACUGUUACUGGAACAUGUCUUUUCACUCAGAUCCACAGGAUGUUAGAAUGAUUGCAAUGAUUGUAAUGGUUCUGAUAAUCCCACUGGGUGCUACAGUCUGAAUGAAUUGGUCACUUUUUUAUGUUUAGCACGUGGGGAACUGAUUUUUGUUGGUGAGAAGGAAAGGCUUGCUAUAGCCUUUGUUAUCAUUUACAAAAGAGAAACCACACUCCUUCCAAGUGUAUUGGUACUCAUAGAAUUACCUUUUACUUGGGUUCCAUCUAAAUUUUUUUUUUUUUUUUUUUCAGUAUCAAGACAUGUUUCUGCAGUAGAUUUUCAGUUUAAGGAUUCUGUUUUACAAUUUUGUUUGCUGUUUUGUUACCAACAAUUAUUUUGUCAUAAAGAAACACCGAGUAAACCCCUUAGGUAAGGUUACCUUUCUAAAAUCCCAAAUCCAUGAAUGCCACAUUUUCAUCUUAAAACUCUGAUUUCGUUCCAGUACCAAGCUGUGGCUGCAGAUGUUUCCAUAUGCAGUGUACAGUCCACGAUCCAAUCUGCAACCAGACCCAUUGCGUCUACCGUGCCGUUCACAUCAGACGCUGAUGAGGUAACUGCUUCCAUCAGUAUGGGUUCUGCCAGCCCACGGUCCUAACUGGGGCUGACAGAGUCCCAAUUCAACUUGGUCUCUGAUGGAAAUGGAUGAGUCUGAUUUCAAAUCAAUUACAGUGGCAGAUGGCAAUGUGGCUUAUCUUUUGUAACAUUAUGCAAAAGAACCACAUUAAGUUUCUAUGCACACCUUGCGUAUCAAUGUAAAUUGCACAUAAUAAGUGCCUAUUCAUAUUAGGGCGAGGGUUUAGGUGUGGAAUGUAUUGUGAAUUGACAUUGAUUCUUAUGAAUAGGAAUAUGCUAGUUUUGUAUGUAAUAACAUUCGAAUUACUGACACUUAUUAUCAAGUGUUACCAAAACAUGACGGCCUCCUUUCUUUAACUGACAGGAGUUAUUGACUAAUCCCAUCAGAAUAGCAGAGCGGUGGAGGUAUUCACCUGUUUCUCUGCUUCGUAGAAUUGAUGACACUUGUACAUGUGUAAAUUAGAAUUAGGAUUUAAGUUCUAACAUUACUUACCUAUGAUUAGGCACCCAUGUUUCAGAUACGGCAGUCUAGACUGUGGUGGUCACACAUGCUGUCCUUGUCAAAAUAAUCACCAUUGCUUUGAUAUUGUUCUGGUUUCAUAAUUGUCCAAAAAAAAAACACAUUUGAAAUGUUCACAGGAAAAAAACAACAGGGGAGAGGAAUCUUGAGCUGUUGUCACCUGUAAUGGUUUAGACAUUCGUUUGGAUAAUACUAGGGAAGUGACAAUUCCUCUGUUUGUACAGCCUUUUUGCUCGCUCGUUUAAAUAACUAACAACCGUUUACUUUAGGAAACGCUCAUUUAAAAAGCAUUUUAAAAUUAGUUCCAAGACAUGUCCUAAACUCAACAGAGGGCAUUCUAAACAUUGCCUGUGCAUAACUUUAAAGAAUACAUAUUUGUCAGAUGAGUGUGUUUCAAGCACAUAUUGAGGGUCAUUCAAGCCGUGGGUUUUAAACCCACAAAACAUUUCAGGAGAACAAGGAUGUCAAAUCAAUUGCGAUUGUGAUGAACAAGGUAUUGCAGGACUACGUCAGCUUUUAAAAUCUGGGGUUCAGAAUCACUUUAAAGAGCUACCAAAGAAAGGAAUGCAAUAAAAGGCCAAGCUCUUUUCUUUCUAAUUAUUAUAUUUGCAUGACAGACCAUGCUACAGAAAUCCACCAUGAGCUAGUGGUUAAACUGCAGCGUUGUGUUGUUGCUGCUGUGUCAGUUUUAACUUUAGACAUGUCCAGCAAACAGGAUAAAUUAGUAUAGCAAUCUAAACUUAUGACACAAUACUACCAUUUAUAUUGUAUUUGAAUAAUCUGUUCUAUAUUUAAGUGGAACUCUAAAACAAAUUGUGUAAUGUAGCAUUCCAGAGCUGUACAAAGACUAAGGCAUUAUUUCCCUUCAGUGAAGGACUGAGUAUUGUAUUGUUGAGCUUCCUUUUAAAGCUAUUUAUUUUUGUACAGUUUCUAACUUUUGUCGCCAGUAUACAACAAUUUCAGUUUUUAGAUGCUGCUGUCUUCGAGAAUGGUCAAAGAAAAAGAAGAAACGCUGUCUCCAUGAUCUGAACCUUGUUUUGUUGUACAAGUCGUUGUUGUUAGCUGAAUUGUAAUAGGUGACGAGAUCUCCAGUCGAUCUUUAAAAAAAAAAUUAAAAAAUUAAAAAAAUUAAAUAAACUUUCUAAUUUUUAUACAA